AUGAAUAUUGAUGUUGAUGACUAUUUUAAAUUAACAGGAGGGAGAGCAUUUAAUAAAGGACAGGACGAAGAAGAGUGGGUUUUGAACAGCAAUGUAAUUAGGGGUAACAGUAAAGGUGAACAUUAUAUUGAGCUUCAAUAUAUUGUUUAUGCUCACCACCGAGCUGUUUCAAGUUCUGAAAGUGAAGUAUCUUUUAAAAAUGGUGUGGAAUCUCUUUUAAAAAUUGGAAAAUUAUUCAACGAAACCUUUCCAGGAACAAUUCCAGAAGAAACAAACAAACAAAAAAGUAAUAUAGUUGAUCAUAUAAUUAAAAAUUUAUGGCCUGAUAAAUUAAACGAUGAAAAUUUUGUUACAAACAUAAAUUUAUUGGCCAAAAAAAUAAAAUCAAAAAAUCAUUUUCCUGCUCUCAAAUACAUGUAUACUAAUUUAAAUCAUGGCCAAAAAAUGUUGGAUCGAAUGGUUUUAACGGAGGAAGAAUUCAAUGAAAAAUACCCGGGAAGAGGUAUGAAUGCCGAUAUCCCUAAAGAUUACGAUACCUACAUUCAAUAUAUGAUUGAAAAUUUUGGUGAAUGGGUUAAUAAAUUCGUGGAAUAUAUAAAGAAUUACCUCGAUAUCAUUAAAAAAAUUGCUGAUGCCUAUGUUAAAAUAAGUAUAUAUAUAAAACUAAAACAAUCAUUGAAAAAGAUAUCACAGUAA